CGUAUAGUGGUACGUUAUCGAUGAUCAGCUUCUUGGGAAGAAGAGAACGUUUUUGGAAUGAUAUCUCUUCGAAGCGAUUAGUUCGCGUUUAUACAGAGAUGGCUAAAUCGACUCAGAUCGUUUGCUUCAGGGUAUUAGAAACUUCGUGGCUUACUUAAGAUACUCCAUUCAGGAUAUUAAUAUCCAAAUUCUUCGUGGAUCGUGGGUUAAAUUUAUUGAAUAUAUGGGCAGGCACUGCUGUUCAGAAUUGAUGUUUUCCUUGAAUAAACACAUUUACAUAUAUAAUCUUGAACUAAGUUUAAUAAUAUCCACGCACUAUGUAUAUUAGGAAUUCAAUUUAACCUCCACUUUAAUGAUUCGUUACAGUUAAAUGAUUAUGACACAGUUUUUUGAUUCUGAUACAUCAAAUAGGUUCCUGACAUAUGGAUGUGCUUUUAAGUCAAGACUGCUCAGCCGUACUCUUUCAUUGCCAAACACGAACACUUCAUUAACUGAUGAGCUAAAGAACAUGUGAAAUAUAUUGGAUUAGCGAAUCGUUCAAAAGGUUGAACAGUGCAUAUGUAUUACGUAAACCCCAAAGCUGUUCACACGCACAACCAACAAAUUUAGCUUAACUCAAUAAUGUAAUGAGAUGAUUGAUUAUCUUGUACUCGUAUAUGAUUAAUAAUUGGUUAAAGAAACAGAAACCAAUCAAACGUACUGACUAUAAUUGCAGAAGGCAGCCACCUAUGCACCUUAAUUGAUGAAAAUUCACCAAAAUUUUAUCAUAUCAUUAUUUAUUUAUAGCCUCCGCAUUCUUCUAGCGAUAAUAUGGCACUCAAGAGCCAGUUUUACAAUCAGUUUGAGCUCUGUUCAAAAGAACCAGUGUCUUUCGCAGCAUCAGACGGUCCGGACUGCCACGAAACUUCCGGAAACCACAAAACGACCUUAAGAUGAAACUUUUGACGAUUGGAAUUUUGGCGAUUUACGCUGUGCUUUCUGCCGCUGAGGUCUCAAGAGUUUCUCCAAAACUUGCGGAGUUGGUGCCCACGAUAAAUCAAGAAAAUUAUAUGCUAAUGCCAAUCGAUGACACAUUCAAUCUGUCUUUAGAUGCUCCUGAGGGCGGUUACCGGAAGGAAGAAACAAAACUACUUAUAGAUGAAAAUGGAAACAAAGUACUUGCGGUGAAAGGUCGUCUCAACUUGUUCUAUGACGACGCUCCAUUCAAUGUAAUAGUCAUAUACGAGGCUGACGGAAAGGGCUACAGAGCGAAGUAUAUGUAUGUUCCAAAGCUAGCUAAUAAGGCAGUGUUUGCUAGUGCCAGCUUGUUGAAGAGCGCUGCAGGUUAAGAUAGAAAAAAAAGGCAAAACAAAUUAAAAUAUAGCAAUAUUUUAAAUUUUAGUUUCUGUAUACUAAUUUCCUCUAACGGUCUAUUUUUGCGCAUAACGUGUGCUAUACUAGCAAACACUAGUCCCGCAUUGCUGUGACAAAUGUAUUCAUAUCUGUCGUAUCUUAAACAAAAGGAAAACGGAUAUAAAUGAUAUUAGAAUUUUAAUAAAUUCCUAAAUAUGUUUUUGGUGCACUAGUAAUAAUUAAACAAAAUAAAAAGUUCAACAAAAUCCUACUAUGUGGUG